CAAUGCCUGGGUCAGAGCCCUGGGGAGGAACUGCUCAGUUAGGACACAGAGGGAACCAUGGAAGCCCCAGUGCAGCUUCUCUUCCUCCUGCUACUCUGGCUCCCAGAUACCACCGGAGAAAUUGUGUUGACGCAGUCUCCAGCCACCCUGUCUUUGUCUGCAGGAGAAAGAGCCACCCUCUCCUGCAGGGCCAGUCAGAGUGUCAGCAGCAGCUUAGCCUGGUACCAGCAGAAACCUGGGCAGGCUCCCAGGCUCCUCAUCUAUGGUGCAUCCAGCAGGGCCACUGGCAUCCCAGACAGGUUCAGUGGCAGUGGGUCUGGGACAGAGUUCACUCUCACCAUCAGCAGCCUGGAGCCUGAAGAUUUUGCAGUUUAUUAUUGUCAGCAGUAUAAUAACUGGCCUCACACAGUGAUUCAACCUGAAACAAAAACCUCAACAAGACCCUCAGUGUUUACUGAUUAUACCAGCUGCUUCCUUGACAGACAGCUAGGCGGCACAGGAUGCUCAGUGCAGAGGGGAAGAAGCAGGUGGUCCCUGCAGCUGGAAGCCCAGCUCCCACCCCUGCUGCUUUGCAUGUCCCUCCCAGCUGCCCUACCUUCCAGAGCCCAUAUCAAUGCCUGGGUCAGAGCUCUGGGGAGGAACUGCUCAGUUAGGACCCAGAGGGAACCAUGGAAGCCCCAGCACAGCUUCUUCCUCCUGCUACUCUGGCUCCCAGAUACUACCGGAGAAAUUGUGAUGACGCAGUCUCCAGCCACCCUGUCUUUGUCUCCAGGGGAAACUGCCACCCUCUCCUGCAGUGCCAGUCAGAGUGUUGGCAGCUACUUAGCCUGGUACCAGCAGAAACCUGGGCAGGCAUCCAAGCUCCUCAUCUAUGGUGCAUCCAGCAGGGCCACUGGCAUCCCAGACAGGUUCAGUGGCAGCGGGUCUAGGACAGUGUUCACUCUCACCAUCAGCAGCCUGGAGCCUGAAGAUGUUGGAGUUUAUUACUGUCAGCAGUAUAAUGACUUGCCUCCCACAGUGAUUCAACAUGAAACAAAAACCUCAACAAGACCCUCAGUGUUUACUGAUUAUACCAUCUGCUUCCUUGACAGACAGCUAGUGAGGUUUUAG